CUGUACAUAUACACACGCACAGGCCUACACAGGCUAGAGUCAGUCAGAAUGCGAUUGAAAGUAAUUUGAGUCGACUGUCGAGUCAUCGAGAGAGAAAAAAGACAAAGAUAACGAGGAGCCGAGAUGAGAGAGUGACAGGGCGAGGCAAGGAACUCACGCACAAUUUCACAGUUGAGUAAUUCUCUGCAAAGUUCGAGGACACAUACGGACAACGACAGUGUUAGAACAGCGAUCGAGCGAUUGAAGUCGUAAAGGAGGUGUGUGAAUUCAUAGAGUCGAUUGAGCGAGCGAAGAGCAGUAGACUGCAACGGUUCUCGUGCUCGAGGUUGAGAAAAAUUAUCAAAGAGUGUAAUGCGCUGAGAUGAGCUGGUGCAGGCGCGUGAUGCAUAGGACCGCGGCGCGGAAAUCACGCGACGAACAUUUUACGACGCAGCUCGGCCCGCAAAUCGGCGAGCCCUGCGCGGCCGCGGCUGCUGCUGCUGCUGAGGCUGCUGCCGUCGCCGCUCUCAGCCUCGAUUAAUAUGUUCAAUGGCUCUUUUCCAAAAGAGGUACACGAAUAAGGUGCUUUUAGACGACACCGAGCCUCUCACCAGUGUCAUCGAGAAUGCUAGAACUGUCGAUUCCCACACGGAGUACGUAAUAAAAACCCAAAGAGGACCAUUACUUGAAAAAUCUUGGCGAGUUUGCAGACGUUACAAUGACUUUGUCCAGUUGCAUUCUAUUUUAUCAUUAUCAGGUAUUAAUUUGCCAUUACCACCUAAAAGAAUUAUUGGUAAUAUGGAACCAGAGUUUAUAAUUCAGAGACAAGCUGCACUACAGAAUUAUCUAAACAUUGUACUCAUGAAUCCAAUUUUGGCUUCGUCAUUAUCUGUAAGGAGGUUUUUAGAUCCUGAGAAUUAUACAGCACCACUUCAUGAAAUAGCACUGCAGCAAGUGUCAUUAGCACUACGUAGUGAUGCUAAUUAUGAAGUUGGUAAGGCUAUACCUGACAUGGGUUGGCGAUUGAGAAAGCAUUAUUACACCGUAAAAAACAGACAAAAUCCCAAGCAAGAAUUACUUCUGGCAUGGGUUGAAUUUGGGCCUGAUAAACAUUUACAAGAUAAAGAUUUACAAGGUGUUUUCAAAAGUUUAGGAAGUCUGAAACAUUGCUACAUAGAACCAAUGAUACAUCAACAUGUAACUGAAAAUGGUGCUUUGACUAUUCGGAAUUUUCAUCCAGAUGGUACUUUGCGAGAUAUUUUAUGUAAUACUAAGCCAAAGCAACCAUUCAUUAAAAAAUAUGGAAAUCCAAAGCAAACUAAAUCAUUGACAGUCAGUGAAAUUUCGACUUAUGCUUAUCAGAUUUUAGAAGCUCUUAGUUUUCUUCACGAAAAAGGAUUACCUUAUGGACACUUGCAUACAGGGAAUAUUCUAUUGACUACUUCUGGAGCAAAACUAUUAGAUAUAGAAAAUGGUUUAUUAGGUUUACCAGCAUUCUACAGGCCAUAUGUGGUUCAAAGGCGGAAAUUACACGCGACGACUCAAGUAGAUGUGUAUGCUUUUGGACAUGUAUUAUAUGAAAUGGCCUUUGGAAGGCCUUUAUUAGAAGCCACAAUUGGAAAUUCUGAUCUACCACAUUGUGAUUCAAAAUUGAAAAAUCUUUUAGAAGUUAUAUUAUCCCACGAGGCCUUGAAGCAGGAUCUUCCUUCUGUUGCACAAUUGAUGGAACAUCCGAUUUUUGAAACAGCACGAAAAAAUUCUCUAUCUAAUGCGAGUGCGUCUGAAAAGCCGUAUUUUAAACUUAGUAGUCAUUUAAAAGAUGCACUUCUGGAAGCCACAAACAAGGCUGAAUCAAGACUGAGAGAUGAGCAGAAAGUAGCUAGACAUCAGAAAAGACUUGUCAAAGUUCAAGAAAUGAUGAGCUCUGAAGAAGAAAUGAAAAAAAGGAAGCAUAAAUUGAAAAAAGAACAAAAAUUGGCCCAAGAACGUACAGCCAAUCAGUUAAGUACAAAUGGUACCAAACAAAUAAAUGGCAAAAGUCCCGAAAGAUCCGACAGCCCAACUAGUACAUCAACUGCAACCAGUGUUGGUACUCUAACACCACCGUCCCACGGUUCCACUGAAGUGCAAUCAAUCAAAUCCAAACAAGUAAAGAAGGAUUCGUGUCCGCCGCCACCUCCAAUGCCAGUAUCUUCAAAUGUAUCUGCACCAAAAACACCAGUAUCAAAUGAAAGAGCAGCUUUAUUAGGAAGCAUUUGUGCGUUUAACAAAGCAAAACUGCGUAGUGUUGCCAAUGGUGUCCAUUGACAUUAUAUGUGCUUAUUGAAAUACAAAGUAUACAGAUAUAGUUAGUUCACAUUCCAUUUUGAAAUUACAUGAAUGUCGACAUCCGAAUUGGACGAAAUCUUAUCAGUCGAAACGUUCUACAUUGUACUACUAAUAAAAUUUCAUUGAUGGUUUAUACAUAUACGUAUGUUAUAUAUACACACACACACGCUGGUGUUAGGUUUUUCGUACGACUGAAUUUUGAAUUGACGUUUUCUUAAGAGAAAAUUAAUUGAAAUUCAUCGCCGUGCUGUGAUUUCUGGUUAAAGUACGAUUUUCGUGAAAGUAGUGUUAGACUUCCGUAUUGAGCCUACACUAAAAACAGAAAACUUAGGAGUAUCUAAGAGAUGUUAACUAUAUUCAAAAUAAUCUAAUUGUACACUUCAUAAAAUUAAUAUGGACAUCGUAAAUUUGUAAUCGAGAUGUUGUAUUCUAUUGUUCUUGUAGAAUAAUACAGCAUCGUUACUUCUACAACUUUGACUAUUGUAAACUUGCUUAAAAAAACCGAUUUUUGAUGUUUGGAUGAUGGAUAAACAAUAACUAUAAAACUAUUGCUACAAUUUUGUAAAACGUUGUUUUCAUAUACAUAUAGGUGUGUACGUAUGUGUGUGAGCGCGGGAGCAGAUGCGUGUGUGUGUUAGUAUUUCCAUUUAGAAAAUAGAAGUAAUUAGUUAAAUUUGUAAAUUCGCCUUCUACAAAUAUAGAAAAAAAUUUAAUUUAAAAUAAAACAAUAAAACUGGAAAACAUUCAUACUUAAAAAUGUAAGAGCUUUUCAUCCAAACAUUGAAAUGGUGAAAAAAUAAUAGAUUAAUACUUUUUUGUAAAUAUUAGAAAAAGAUAAAGUCAAACAAAUUUUUAACAUCAAUAAUGACUGUAACAUAAGUUUUUAUCAGCUAUACAACAAUCUGUUAAAGGUGUAGUAACGUAUAAAUGCGUAAUCCUCCGAGGCCGUCGAAAUACGUGCAAAGUUUCCACGGAGACUAUAUAAUACUUAUGAACAUAUUGUGUAGAGAAUUAUAUGCAUAUAAUCAUAUGAAAAUACUUACAUAUAAUAAAUUAUUUAUAGUGAAGGAUCUAUAAAGACUAAUUAUAAGAACCAAAAUGUUACCUAUGUUCUAUAGGAAUCUUCCAAAAUAUAUUUAAAAAACCUACGAGAUUCAUUUAUAUUUAUUAUAAUAUUAUGCUAACAUUAUUAAACUUAUUGAUGUUUUACAAAUUUUAACAUUUUAAUUAAUAAUCUAUUUGAUUUAUCGAUUAUAAUUAUUGUGAUAUUAAUAGUUAUAAAUAUAAUAAUUUAUAGUAUAAAUGUUUUCUAUGUUGAUCUUUCUCCAAAACUGUACAAAAUCUAGUUGAAUAAAUUAUGACAUUACUUACGCACAAAAAUCAUUACUGCAGUUUAAAUAAAGAUCAGAUAUAAUGCAUUUUCGAUACUUCGGGCGCGAGGACUCUAUUUACGCACGCUCGGAACAGGAAACGUGCUUCAAAUCUCGUUUUGCACACGUCGUAUCAAAAAAUAAAGUUAGAAAGAAUUUUAGUCUCGUGUGACUUCAUCUUCGCUCAGGUACAAGCUUCUAUACGAGACUCAAAUCACUUUAUCGUAAUAGUAUCAAAAUGUAUUAUUUUAUCACAAUAAUGAAUUCUUACAUAUUUCUAUCGGCAUUUCGUUGUGACGUGGUUAAUUGCGAGGUCAAGUUCACUAGGUCAUACAAAGUAUAAUUAGUUAAUGACAAAUUAGCUCACUGAUUAAAUCUUACAACUACUUAUAGAUUAUUCUACUUGAAAUAGCUUAACACGUUCUUCACAUAAUUCAGAUCCAAAGUAAAUAAAAAGGUUUCCAACCUAUUGAAUGAUAGAAAUUCCUUUUGAUUUUUUUUAAGU